UCUGAACAAGGUUGAUAUGAGGUCAGGAGCUAAUUUGGUUUUAUUGAGGAUUGAGUGAGUGAACAGUGAGUCAGGAAGAUGAGGAAACUACACCGCUCAUGACGUCAGGGCGGUAGUUUCCUUUAUUUCGCAGGUCUGUCAGUUGUCUUGGUUGUUACGGAGGAACUUUGACAUGUAGCUCCUCACACUGCGGUAUGUGCACUUCAUAGUAGACUCUGCGCUCUGUGACACUAAAGGCUAUUUAUUGUUUUUCAACUCGAGACUUAACUGACUUUUCGUGGCAACAAUGUUGGAAAAGUUGUCACGUUAUUUCACCACGGAGGGUGAACUUUUUCACGGAAAGAGUCGGUGGACUUCGGCGGCGGUUGCUGUGGUCCUCCUGGGCGUGUUUGCUUCGUCCUGCUGGGCAGAAGAAGCAUCCUGUCACGGAGCUUACGACCUCUACUUUGUUUUAGACCGGUCCGGAAGUGUCGCUAAUGACUGGGGCGAGAUUUACUCGUUUGUGAAGAACCUUACCGACAGAUUUGUGAGCCCCAGAAUGAGAGUUUCGUUGAUCGUCUUCUCGUCCAGAGCCCAAGUCCUUCUGCCUCUGACCGGAGACAGAUACGAGAUAGAAGAGGGUCUGAAGCUCUUGCGGGACGUGAAACCAGCAGGGGAAACGUAUAUGCAUGAGGGAAUAAAAGAGGCCUCAGCUCAGAUACGGGCACAAACCACCAAGUCCUCCAGCAUCAUCCUGGCUUUAACUGACGGGAAACUUGCAGUUUACGUUCACGAGCUCACGGUGAAAGAGGCGGACGAGGCGAGGAAAUUCGGAGCUCGUGUUUACUGUGUGGGUAUCAAGGACUUCGAUGAGCAGCAGCUUGCUCAAAUUGCGGACACCAAGGAUCAAGUGUUUCCUGUCAAAGAUGGCUUCCACGCGCUCAAAGGCAUCAUCAAUUCUAUAUUAAAGCGGUCGUGCACAGAGAUCUUGAGUGUGGAGCCCUCCAGUGUCUGUGUGAACGAGUCCUUCGACCUUGUCCUCAGAGGGAAUGGCUUCAGUCUCGGCCGCAGCAACGAAGGCGUCAUCUGCAGCUUCAUAAUCGACCAGCAAACCUUCAAUCAUAAGCCGAGUGCUGUGCAUAAUGAUUAUCUGCUGUGUCCUGCACCGAAGCUCUAUGAAGUGGGACAGACCAUGGAUGUUCUCAUCAGCCUGAACCACGGCAAGUCCUUCAUCUUCAGCGCCCACACCAUCACUGCCUCCACAUGUUCGGAUGGUUUUGCGGUGGCGAUAGUCUUCCUGGUGCUGCUGAUCCUCGUCGCUCUGGCCCUCAUGUGGUGGUUCUGGCCUCUUUGCUGCACAAUAGUCAUCAAAGACCCGCCGCCACCUCGUCCACCUUCCCGUCCUCCACCACCUGAGCCAGAGCCGCUGCCCAAGUCGAAGUGGCCGACUGUGGACGCCUCCUACUACGGAGGAAGAGGAGCUGGAGGGAUCAAACGCAUGGAGGUGCGCUGGGGGGAGAAGGGCUCCACCGAGGAGGGGGCCAGGCUGGAGAAAGCCAAGAAUGCCGUGGUGUCCAUACCAGAGGAUUCAGAGGAGCCAAUGAUUAAACGUCCAACCCCGAAGGCUGCCCCUACCUACCAUCAAACCGAGAACAAAUGGUACACUCCCAUCAAGGGUCGUCUCGAUGCUCUGUGGGCUCUGCUGGGGCGGCAGUACGAUCGAGUGUCCCUCAUGCGACCCUCAAAUGCAGACAAGGGUCGGUGUAUUAAUUUCAACCGUGUGCAGCGUCAGUAGAAGAGAAGCUGUGUGAAGACCGACACGUGCUGAUCGCUGUGGACAAGAGAAGAAUUUCAUGUCUAAUCCUGCAGCUCAAACCACUUUCUGCUCGCUCGGCUCUACGUGGUGCACAAAGCUUCCCUUCUGGUUUUCUGCUCUUAGACCUUGUAAGCACACGGGGUGAAAUGUUAAUAUUAACUUAUAUAUAACUAAGUUUUUUACUACCUUUUUCCAUUACCAAAUGUUUCUUUUAAUUAGGAAAAAAGCAGAAGGGCGUCCCAGCACUCAAACAUUCAAAUUCGGUUAGUUUUUCGUGCGCACCAAAGGCUUAACAUAUUCUGACCAUAUUGUGCCUUCUGUGGAAAACCUAAUUUCAUGGACACAGACGGAAGCUAUCUAAAGAAAGAAAGAAAAGAAAAAAAACGGGAGAAAAGGGCUGUUUGCCUUUGGCGUGGAAGUGGGAAUAAUCCCAGUGGGCCUCACAAGUGCAGAAGUCCGUUGCCUUUUGGCAAUGUUUCAUCACAAAUGCUGUCCAACUUCAGCAGCGUGGAAGCCUGGCGGCUGCCCUUUGACUGGCUUAUCUUGUCAUUUUAACACUGAGAAGUGCACACGCAUGACAAAUUGUAGACAGGAUGCCCCAAGGUACUGGAAGGCACCAAUACUUUGCCCUGUAGUUUUUCGUGUUUUUUUUUUUUCAAGACACCUUCCUUUCAUUAUGCACUCAGGACAAGAAAAUUAAUAGAGCGUUAUUCGACCGCAGGACAGCCUCCUGACCAGGAUGAUCUCCAGCUAGGUUUGAGGGAUUGAUGCCUUUAAGACCUUGACAUGGCGCUUGGUGUUUUUUGCCCCUGUUUUCAGUGCAGUCUGCUCUCUGCUCAGCAAGGCGUAGCACAUCACAGCCCAUAAACAGGCCUAUCAGUUAAGACUUUUAGGAUAUAGAUACAGCUGCCGGGACCCUCCUCUGCCCACUGUCUCAAUCCUCCGAGGGCUUCCCGGCCACGUCACAACUCACUAGUUCACUCGGCACCAGAAUAUCAAAGUUUAAUUAAAAUAAUUAAAGGCAACAGCAAGCAGCAGCCUGUGAAGACUUGGCUGUCUCUUUUUUAUGUCUUUUGACAUUGAAUGACCUAUAACUGCGUUAUUCUCAGGAAAAAAGAGGACACUGUGCCGCGGUGACGGUGCGCCACGUCCAAAACACAAACCCAAAGUAACGGAUGCGACGGACGGAUAAGUAUUGUUCAUUUCCAGAAAUUAUGUCCCCCCCCUCCACCCCCAACUCCCUCACCCCAAAAAGCAGGGUAUAUAUAUUUAUAUAUAUUGUGGAUUUCUCAAGCGUGCUGUCAUGACGCCAAUCCCAAAUGAUGUUAGUGUGAGCGGAAACACUGUGGGGGAGGAAAGGGGGCAGCAGCUGAAGAAAAAGGCUCGAAUGAUCCAGUCACUUCGGAUACCGUACCUCAGAUGCAAAAUGGAUAUUCGAGUCGAAACCUGACAAAGCGCGCCGGCUUUGACGGGAAGCGGUAUAGACAAUGACCAGUGGCUGGGUCAGUGGGAUGUCUCUGUGCAAGCAGGGAAGCUUAUCAAAUGACACUAAAAAUAAGUUCAACAACCAUCAAGUUUGAGGGGGAAUGGGUGAGCGUCUCACAUUCGGUGGGCACGAGGGCGCGCAGGACGGGCGACGCGCAACACGCCAGGCUAAUUAUUCCUUUGUUUCCUCUUCGUCCCGAUCGCAGGGACAUAAAUAAUUCCAAAUCAAAUCCUCGGGGUGUGCUGGUAUUUAUGUCCGACUUAAACGCUUUUAGCCUCUUGCAUAAUUUUGCAGGGCUGACAUUUAAUAGGCUCAUCAGCCUCUUUCUGGACGGACGCUGGACGAGGAGAUUUUAGCACUUAGAUCUUUUUUUAUGUUACAACCAAGAGCACAGGAAUGUUAUUAACCCGAACUAAUGAGAUAUUUACAUAGCAGUCACAACACGAGUCGCCCUGCUAAUAACACGUCACAUGUCCCCUCUGUGUCCGCUCCACACAUCAUUACGCACCGUAGAAUUUAUUUUUAGCACCUUUUUGUGGUAAAUUUAAAAAAAGUAAUUGUUGAAUUUCUUUGUGCCUUUUUUAAAUUGUGUCUUUGAUGAACAAACAAACUGUGUUUGUGUUUGUGCACUUGUUAAAUGAGGUACUGUGGAGCAUUCUUUUCAUUUAAAACAAUGAAUUCACAGCCACGUUUUUUUACUUUUAAAUAUAACUUUUAAAAAAGUAGAUCAUCACAAUUGUUGAUAUAUCUUCAUUUCAAAUUUUGGAUUGAAUUUCAUUCGCAUGAAUUCACUUUCUGCUUCGUACAUUAUUGCUCACUAAAGGUGCAAACAUAUAAUUUAUCUUUUUACUAUCUUAAAAUUGUACAGUUUUUGCCUUUUUUACUUUUUAUAUUCACAUAGCACCUUUAAGUCCAGGUUCAAGUCACACAAGCUGCACAUGUGUGUGAGUUGCAACCAAAAUACCAAAAAUGUUUUUGUUUUUGCUUUUUUAAAAUGAGUUUUACACUGUUUUUAUUUUGUUUCUGUUUUACACUGCAGUCUGUUGUGUCAAAAAUACAUUCGAUGAAAAGUAAA